UGUCCGUUACGAACUUUGAUACGGUGACGUUGAAAUGGCGGAAGGUACGGAGUUGGCAUUUUUUGAUUUAAGACUAGUCCACGAUCACUUUGAUCGAGCUCUCUUGCAGGAUGACGAUAUUGAUCUCAAAGCAUAUCUGGAUGCCUACAAUGAACUUUACAAAUUUUUCCAGUUGAUGGGCAGUGUGUUUGGCUUUGUGUCCUCUGACUUGAAACAGAAAAUUGAAGUCCUAAUUGAGCUGAUGAACAAGGAUGAUCAGAAUUAUACUACAGUAAAAUCUAUGAUAGAGUAUGAAAAAGAGAAUAAAUUGCUGGAGAAAGCAGACCAUACCAAUGGUGCUCGUACCCUGUUGAGACUACACAGAGGUUUAGAUUUUAUUAGGGAAUUUUUGAGACAGUUAGGUGACUUGUCGGAUAGCGAUAAGACCUCUAGCUGUUGCCAGGAUGCGUACAAUAAAACAUUAGCCAAACAUCAUCCAUGGGUGAUCAGAAAAGCAGCAGUGGUUGCCAUGUAUACCAUGCCCACCAGAGAACUUUUAUUCAAAAAGGUUUGCGGUGCAAACGUUCAAAGAAACGUCGAUGUCCUGCCAAAAAUGUUAGAAGUGACCGCCGAUGUAUUUAACCGUACCCACUAUCUUUACGAGAUUUACGAAGUCCAUAGUUUACCAUAAAGACAUAUCUAGGAAAUAAUGAGGUGAAACAUUCCGCGUUCAAAAUGUGAUAUACGAUAAUUUCGUACAUGCAAUAAUAAUUUUAUUGAUGUUUUGUGAUACUCCAUUACUUACUAUAUACACGAUCGUAUAUUUAUUCACUGAAAACGUACAAACUGCACUAGCUUAGAUUCUCAUACAUUUUAUCAUAGUUUUAAUUUUACCAUCGCAUUUAAUAUUGCACGGGUUGCAUAAUUCGCGAGAAAUGAUGCGUAGAUUCCGCGCGCGUUAUCUAUUCAUUUUAAUGUUGAUUUUAUAAAUACAGCAUUGUAUAAUAAUAUGAAAAUAGUUUAGCAAAA